UAUUCCAUUCGCAAUUGGAUGGUAUAUAUUGUAUCAAUCAAGUGCUAUUUGGCACGUUUUUGCUGGCAAAAUUCUUCAUGGUUUGGCCGUUGGACUGAUGGAAUCUUCGAUUUUAACGUAUCUAGGCGAAAUCUGUGAACCUCAAUUUAGAGGUAUCUUGAUCGGUUAUUCAUUCAUUUAUGGAACCAUAGGAGUGUUUACGACUUUUUUGCUGAAUACAUUGAUGGCUUGGCGAACAAUAUGCAUGGUUUACUUGGCUGUGCCGAUAAUCACAGCGAUUUCGAUAUGUUUUAUCCCAGAAAGUCCACAAUGGAACCUAUCAAAGAAUCGAACUGCUGAUGCUGAAAAAAGCCUCCGCUGGCUGAGAGGCUGGGUGUCAAGUGAAACAGUGGCCAAGGAAUUCCAGGACUUGAAACGACACAGUAAACGUGCAAAAUCCUGUUUUGAGUGCAUCAAAUACGAUCUAGAGUGUACACACCCUUUGCCAACACUUAGUGAAAAAUUCACAGAAUUCAAACGAAGACAAACGCUUCGGCCAUUCUUCAUUGUAAUUUCAAUGUUUUUCCUCACUCAAUUCACGGGAAAUCUAUCAAUGCGACCAUUUAUUGUGCAAAUUUUCAAAGCUUACGACAGUCCUAUUGCAUCAGAUCAAGCGGUGACAAUCAUGAGUAUGCUUGACAAUGUGACAAAUGUGAUAAUCAUGAUUUUGGUUCGAUUCACGGGAAAACGUCGAAUUUAUCUCGUUUGCAUAUCAGGUGUGCUCGUGUGCACCUCAAUUAUUUCGUGGUUUGGAUUCACUUACCUUCCGCCAGGCCAUAUUUCAUUCGAUCAAACAAAUAACAAACCAUUCCAUUUGGAAAACCAAUCACUUGGGUACAUUCCAAUGAUUUGUUUGAUGAUGUGGAACACCUUUUCAUAUUGCGGCUUGAACACAGUGCCUUGGAUGUUGCUGUCGGAAAUGUUCCCAUUUAAGUCUCGGGGCAUCGGCAGUGGGAUUGCAGCUGCAAUGCAUUUUAUUUUUGGAUUCAUUAGCCGGCGUACCUAUUAUGAUUUGGAAACAACGCUCUCAUUGCCGGGUGUUUCGUUACUAUUUGCUUGCAUAUCUUUCAUUGGUCUAAUACUAACAUACAACAUUUUACCCGAGACAGAAAAUCGAUCAUUAGAAGAUAUAGAGCUACACUUUUCCGAUAGUUCCAAGGGAAUCACCGAUCGGAAAAUUAUCAAACAAACAAUGAAAAAUUAAUAUGUAUAAAUGUCGGAUUACAAACAAUUUUCUAUUAUGUUUCAUGAAUAAAGCGAUUUCUAAUCGAA